UGUUUGCGGACGGCUUACAAGCGGGAUGGAGCUGCCUGGCGGGGGCUUUCCCUUCCACCACCCCUCCGAGGGGCCCCACCACCCCCACCACCCCCCGCCGCCCCACCACGGCUCCCCCGAAGGGGUGAUGCCGCAGGUGCCGGGGCGCCGUACCCCUUUGGGGGCCGUGGGGCUCGGCGGCUUCUACUUCCCGCCGGGGAGUCACCAGAUGGCCCCGCCUGGAGGAGGCGCCGGUGGCAGCGUUGGAGGCGGGGGCGCCGGUUCGACUCCGGGCGGCGGCGGAGGCCUCGGCAUCAACGUGGGCGGCUGCCACCUGCAGCUGGACGUGCCGGACUCGGGGCCCAAGUCCGACGAGAACAGGCCCGACCAGUUGCACCCCAACAGGUCACCCCAGCAGCGGCACUCCCACGGCGGCGGCGGCGGCUCCUCGUCGGGGGGCGGCUCUGGCGGCAAGUCCAAGUCCCGCCAGGGGAAGCUGGUGAGGCUCAACAUCAACGCGCGGGAGAGGCGCCGCAUGCACGAUCUGAACGACGCCCUGGACGAGCUGCGCUCCGUCAUCCCCUACGCGCACUCGCCCUCGGUGCGGAAGCUGUCCAAGAUCGCCACCCUGCUGCUGGCCAAGAACUUCAUCCUCAUGCAGGCCAACGCGUUGGAGGAGCUGCGCCGCCUGAUCGGCUUCCUGCAGGCGCAGGCCGUGCAGGCCGGCGCCGCCGUCACGCUGCCCGUGCAGGCCAUGGCGGGCAUGGGCGGCACGGGCUUCGACAUCCAGGCCUUCCUGGGAAACCCCGCCCUCGCCCAGACCGCCGCCGUCUCCGCCGCCGCCAAGAUCAUCCAGCAGCAGCAGCAGCAGAGGCAGGAGGCGGCCGCGGCACAGGACAUCCUGGACGAACAGCAGGGGCAGGCCGCCGCCGCAGCCGCCGCCUCCUCCGCGUCGUCCUGAACGCGUCGUCGGCAAGGGGCAAGGACUCGUGCUUUUGUCGGGGAGUAGCAAGGGAGGCGUGCGGGAUCGUCCUGGCGGUCGGAGCCCACGCAACCCCAUGCAGUGCCUGACAGUGCCUGUCGGGGUCUCCAGAGUCCAGCCUGGCUUCCAUGCUAGCUCACCACGGUGACCACAAAACGGGAUAAUACUCAGACUUGAUCUCUAAGAUUGUUUUCGUUCUCUUUGGCUUGUAGGAGACAAAUUCUACCCAGCCUAACUGACCGGGUUUAAAUUUAUGGAAGUCCAUGUAAUUUCUGCCGUUGAGAAGAAUUGAUGGACUUCCCUGGAGAGAGGGCCAUGAAAACUUUGUAGGCGGUGCAAAUUCCGAAAGAUAGUAGAACAUGUGUGUUUUUCAAGCUGUCUGGAAAUUUAAAAAAAAUCUUUUUGUCUGAAUGAUUAUAAUUUUGGUGGGCAAGACUGAAUUUUCCAUUUAGCCAGCCCUGAAAAUUGUCAUGGAUAUCUUUUGCUAGUUUUUCCCAAAUAUGUGGUUUGUUUGUGAUAGGGAAGCCAAUGAAAGAUUUAUCUUGAAACCAAAGAAAAGUCCCUAUGAUGGUAAUUUGUAAGUUUUGGUGAUACAUGUAGAGCAAUAAUGUUAAUUCUAGUCGCAGGGUUGUGAUGUUAAGAGAGUAAAGUUAAUUUUUAUCGUAGUAGAGUCAUGUUUUCCUUCUUUUACAUGUUGAGUCUGUGUCAGCUUAAUUUGUGUGCUUAGGGAAGUAAGACUGGAUUUAAUCUUACAAGUUUUUACAUGUAAUGAAGGCUCUUAUGACAUGAAUCGGAGACAAUUUUGUUCUUUCAGAAAUCACGGAUUUGUCAUUUUAACUCAGGACUGAGGCCACUGUUCUUUAUUUGUAACUGUCCACUUCAAUUGGAACCUAUGUAGACGUAGUUUAGAACUUUUUAUUAGCCCCAUGUUUGAAAUUCACCUUUGUUGAAAAGUGACCAUUAUGUGUAGUUCAGUUUUGAACUAACUGCUCAUGAGCUCUUCAUUCCUGUCUUAGUGAGUUUAAAGUGAAAGUGAGCAAUGAAAAUCUAUGAAGUUUCUUCUUUUUCAAUAUAUGUAACAAAUGAAAAAAAAAAAUGUGUAUGCUACUGUGUUCUAGUCAAUAAAUAAAAUAAGCAAAACUUGCUCAAAGCAA